CCAUGAUACGUUGCUUAUCAUUCGUUGUCACGUUAACGCCGCGACACGUCCGACAUUCAAAAAUCUGAAAUCUUAAUAUGUUUACGUCAUUUUCGUUAUAAAAUAAUUCAUAUUUCAUAAUAUUCAAUUUUUAUAUGAUAAUAUUUUUAUAAUAUCUAGCACUCACUCAUAAGGAAGCGAUUAACUAUUGUUACCUACGUUAGUGGGCUUUCGAUAAUGUCGACGGAAUUGCGAUCGACGAUUGUUUAUACAGUUUGUAGGAUCCUAGCAUAAAUCUGAUGGCGCCAAAGGUGGCUCGUAAUGGUAGACAGAAACCACUUGCUCAGUAUUCUGAAACGGUCUGUGGAUUGAAUGUUCCGAUCUUACCCGCCGUUGUUCUGUCUAUCGUCACCUGGUAUUUGUUACGAUAUGUUGUGCAACCAUUGUUCGGCACCAACGAGUAUUAUAUAGAUGAAGAAUUUCAUGUGCCACAGGCACGACACUAUUGUCAAGGAGAGUUUCAUAAAUGGGAUCCAAAAAUAACUACACUACCUGGACUUUAUCUGUUGUCAAGUACUGUGUUAGUACCUUUUAUGAAGAUUUAUGACACAAUAUUGUCAUUACUUGGUCUAUUAGAUAAUGAUGUCCUUCAUGUCAGUGAUCCAUGUUCUUUGGUUGCAUUGCGGGCUGUUAAUGCGGUGGGAGCUCCAGCAUGCUUAUACUAUGCAUUUUACCGUUGUCAACUACUUCUUUUUCUGAAUGAAAAUAAGAAAACAAAGAUUGCCAAAUGGUCUUUUGUGUUUUUAGCAUUAAGUGUAGCAACAUUCCCUGUUAUUUAUGCUCCAUAUUCAAUGCUUUAUUAUACGGAUGCAUGGGCUACAGCUUCUGUUUUCUUAUGGUACUCCAGCCAUUUAAGUAAUGAGACUAAUUUCUUGGUCAAAAUUAUAUUUGGUGGAUUUUCUGUUCUGUGUCGUCAGACAAAUAUUGCAUGGUUAGUGUUUGCAUCCAUUAUAGACGUGUGUCACUGUGCCGAACAAUGUUUUCCUGCUAUAAAAAAUAUUGUUUCUAUAUUUUCGUACAUCCAAGCUACAAUUAUAGAAUUCUACCAUUGCUGUUCAAUUAAAAAAAAGAAUAAGUCCAAGAAGUUAAUAGAAUUUUUUCAGAAAUGUAUACGUGUCACCAGCCCAAAUAUCGUAGUUAUUUUAUCUUUUUUUUUGUUUGUGGUUUUGUUAAAUAAUGGUGAUAUAGUUGUUGGUGAUCGAAGAGCACACAUUCCUCGUUUUCAUCCAAUGCAGUUGUGCUACUUUGUGUUAUUUGUACUAUCAUUUUCAUUACCUUGGUUGUUAUCUCAGGCCUAUUUUGGAAGACAAACUUCCAAUUCUAUUAGCAAAUAUUUCAAUUUAGCUAAAGCCUUUCGUGAAAUUCACAAUAACACGUCCAAAGUUCUAGUUUUCACUAUAUUAAUUAUAAUAUCUGGGUUGGUGCAUUUUAACACUAUUGCCCAUCCGUACUUGUUAGCUGACAACAGGCAUUAUAUAUUUUAUGUUUGGCGACUGUUGUUCAGUCCUGGUAAACCAGUCUUUUUGAGAUAUUUACCAGUACCGUUGUAUGCAUACGGUCUAUGGUUAGUAGAUAGAACACUGAUGCAAUCUUCGAUUGCUUAUAGAUUGGCAUAUUGGAUAGUAACACCUCUUAUUCUUUGUGCUCAAUUCCUGUUAGAGCCUCGUUAUUUUGUUGUACCUUAUCUUAUGUAUAGACUACACAGUAAUAAACAAUUGAUAAACGGUCAUACUUUUAAAGCAGCGUUUAUUGAGUUUAUAGCAUACCAAGUUUUUAAUUUUGUUAUAAUGCGGAUAUUUUUGUAUAGUCCUUUUGUUUCAACAAUGGACAACACGGGUCGAUUGGAUCGCUUUACUUGGUGAUUUUAUUGUUAGUUAUUAUAAAAUUAUAAUUAAGAUUAUACCUAAUUGAAAAUUCUACAUUGUAUAUUUUGUGUUAAUUUACUUAAAUAAGAAAAUGUGAUAAUUGUAUAUUAUAAAUGUGAUGUCUAUAGUCUAGAGCAGCGGUUCUCAAACCGCAAUUUGAGAACCUCUGGUCAAGAGCACGAUAAAUUAAUAAUGCCCAUCCAGAUUGUGAACAUGAAAUUUGCUAUGUUAUA